AUGAAGUUCAUCAUCCUUCUUUGUGUGGCUAUAGCCUCUAUCUGCGGCGCCACCAGCAAUGUCUGCAAUUCAGGGAUUUACGAGCUGUUAUCACCUCUCAGCGCGUACCCUCCAGCGCAAAGCUAUUGCUCAGCGCACUAUCCACCAACGACAGUGACUGUCUCAACCACCAUCCUUAGCAAGAAGAGAUUCAGGUUUGCGCGAGCCACGCCCGCUGCCGAAUACAAAGGAGUGGUUCCCAAGAAACGCCAUGCGACCACGACCACUCCUUCUCACACAACCACAACGACCGUGGACGCAAAGGCGGCCCAGUGGUCGAGCUUCCUGAAGACAGCUGGAGCCAUCGUCUCCACCUUCUGCCAGUGCAUUGAGAGUCAUCCUACGGUUGGUGCCCCUCCUUCUACAACUACAUCAACAAUCAUUCAAAGCACCUCCUCGGCUUCUUAG